AUGGCUGCUUUAGCCCGUUUCUUGCCAAUGGCGGGUGACAAAGCGGCUCCCUUCUUCACUUGUUUAAAGAAGAACUCAAAGUUUCAAUGGACAGAGGAAUGUGAACAAGCUUUUACCAAGUUGAAAGAAUCAUUAGCAACGUUGCCGGUACUAUCCAAACCCACGCCAGGCGUUCCUUUGACGCUCUACUUGGCAGUCACGGAUAGGGCGGUCAGUACGGUGUUGCUUCAGGAAGAGGGGAAGAAGCAGAAGAUUAUAUAUUUUGUAAGUCAUACCCUGCAAGGUGCUGAAUUGCGAUACCAAAAAAUUGAGAAGGCGGCCUUGGCAAUCCUAAAAACAGCAAGACGCCUUAGGCCAUACUUUCAAAGUUUCUCAAUCAGAGUUAAAACUGAUGUUCCUUUAAGACAGUAUGAGCCUAGGGGACAAGUUACAAUCCAAAGCUUGAUCGACUUUGUGGCGGAAUUGACACCCACAGAAGGCGAGAAAACUCAAGGCGAGUGGAUCCUGUUUGUUGAUGGAUCCUCAAACAACACCGGAAGUGGGGCUGGAAUAACUAUUGAAAGCCCGGAUAGGAUGGUCAUUGAACAAUCUUUGAAAUUCGAGUUCAAGGCAAGCAACAACCAAUCAGAGUAUGAGGCACUAAUCGCCGGUUUAAGGCUAGCCAUUGAAUUAGGCGUUCAGAAAUUGUUCAUCAAAGGCGACUCACAGUUGGUCGUUAAACAGGUAAAGGGCGAGUAUCAAGUCAAGGAUCCGCAACUUUCUAAGUACUUGGAGGUGGUGCGUAGAUUAAUGAUGGAGAUAGGGAAGAUCAGAAUAGAACACGUUCCAAGAAGUCAAAACGAAAGGGCUGAUGUGCUAGCAAAGUUGGCUAGCACGGGGCGAUUGGGCAAUUAUCAAACAGUCAUUCAGGAAACCCUCCCUCGCCCCAGUAUUGACUUGGUGGAAGUGAAGUUAAAGUCAGUAAAGUCAGUGAUUGAAGGCGAACCUUCGUGGAUGGAGCCAAUCAAGACUUUCCUCAAAGAUCCUCCGAAGGACGAUGCCCUGAAUACGAAAGAAAGGCGUAGGGAGCUAGUUUUUACACUCUGGUAG